CUUCUUUCUCUCCCCCACACACACAAACGCACAUAAUUUAUACAGUAAAACCUUUUUCAUCGUCGUCCACUGAAAGGUUUGCUUUAUUCUUUCCUGCGUCUAUCAAAUCUCCGAAAACCCACAAAUCUCAGUAAACAGAAAGAAAACCCCAGUUCUAACCUCUCAUUUUCUGAUAAAAGAUUGUCAUCAUGAAUCUGUGUGUUCUAAUUUUUGCUCAGCAUUCUUGAAACCUCACAAUCCAACUAUGUCUUAAAUGGUUUUGACUUGAUUGAACUCAGAUAAUCUGAUAGAUGGCAAAAGGAAGAAUUUGGGGAGUUCUAGAUUGCUUGUUUUCAUUCUUCGGAGGUGGAUUAGAAACUUGUUUUGGUUUACUAAUGCCAGGGGAGUGGGUAAAACAACUUUAGAAGUGGAAGCAUGUGGUUACCUUAAACCAGCUUUGUCACUCGAAGACUUUCCUAUAGUGCUGACCCAACAUAUUCUCUUUUAUGGAUCCCCAUCUGCUAGAGCUUGGAAUUUGAUUCACUGCCAGUAAUAUAUCUCGAGAGUUCAUGUUACUAAAACUAUGCAGCUUUAUCAUCACCCAUAUUCCCUGGACAGCCAAAAGGUGAGGCUUGCUUUGGAAGAAAGGGGCAUUGAUUAUACGUCGUACCAUGUCAAUCCUAUCACGGGCAAGAACAUGAACUUGUCAUUCUUCCGGAUGAACCCAACUGCUAAACUUCCCGUUUUCCAGAAUGGUUCCCAUAUAAUAUUCAACACAAUAGAUAUAAUCCAGUAUAUAGAAAGAAUUGCAGUUGUCUCUUCGGGCGGCAAUAACAUCCCCCUUAGUAGCGGAGAAGUUGUGGAAUGGAUGAAUAAGAUACAAGACUGGAACCCCAAGUUCUUCACGCUCUCACACACCCCUGACAAGUAUCGUAUUUUCAUUUCCAAAUUCAUAAGGCGAGUGGUAAUUGCUCGGAUGGCUGAGUCUCCUGAUCUAGCAAGUGCUUACCACCGUAAGCUAAGAGAUGAAUAUGAGAUAGAAGAGAAGUUGAGAAACCCAGAGGUUCUGAAACGAAGCAAGGAACACCUGGUAAGGCUUCUUGAUGAUGUGGAAACAAGACUUGGUGAAACAUCAUAUUUGGUUGGGGAAGAGUUCACCAUGGCAGAUGUGAUGUUCAUUCCUGUGCUGGCUCGAUUAGUAAUCUUGAAUUUGGAAGAUGAGUAUAUUAAUAGCCGGCCAAAUAUUGCUGAGUAUUGGAAUUCUGUGCAGCAGAGACCUAGUUAUAAGAAGGUGAUUGGGAGGUACUUUAAUGGCUGGAAGAAGUAUAAAACUCUUUUAAAAACCUGGUGCUUGGUACGCCUUAGAAAUCUGCUGAAAAGAUAUUGAUCAAGAAUACAAACGGUUUAUUUACCUAGGGUAUGCAUGAAUGUAGGGGAAAGGAAAUCUGACUUGUAUACUAGGGAGGUAAUUCAAUUGUGUAGAGUAAGGUACAAAUGUGUCUUUUUCUUUGUUGGCCUUUGUUUCUGGGGUUGGUGAGGGAUGAGGGAAUCGGUUUUCUCACCUAUGUUCUUCUUCUCUUUGUAGAACAAUAAGAUUGAAAUUUUGCUAAUAGUUAUGUCUAAUCUUAUCAAUCA